AUUUUUAGUAGUUGCAAAUCACUCGAUGCAACCACCACCCCGCGAAACAGGGCGAGUGCUCGAUGAAGCAAUAAUGAGCGUUCCUUUGACACAAGGGACAUCCACCAUGAUCAAUCCUGACACUGCCACGUCAUUGAGCGGACUUGACCAGGAGGAUCGGAGUGAAUGCCUGGACAGACUCAAGUCUGACAAACUCCACAGCUUGCCUGUGAAGCUUCCUCAAGUCCCGAUUGCUACGCUGCCGCAGGCAUCAGAACGAGUGCGAGCGAAGACGAGGACGACACACUCGGCAACCAUAUCCCGAAGUCCAGCCAUGGCUACCUCGCUGCCCCGUCAGCGGCGCCACCCGACAAUGAGCAAGAUCCUUCAAGUCCAACAUGGCGCCAAUUGGGGACCAAAUAGACCCACACGACCUGGCGAUGCUGGCGCGACCAAUGCAAAGCAAGGGACGACUUCUAGACUGCAGCAGGUCCCAGGUCACGUCGACGACAAGCCCAGCACACAACAACGGCAUCGUGCCGAAGUGUACGCCAUCAACGCGCGCAUGCGGGCCUUCAGCCAGGACCAACUCGCUUCCUAUGUGAAAAGCCAAGGAGGCCGGUCCACCUUGCAUGUCAGCCCCAUGGGGGUGUAGUAGUCAAGUACGACUAACAGUUAGUAUUGUCCUAUUAUCCAAAAUUUGGAUGAUUCGUCAAAUUCGGUACAAAUUUCCAGACCCCGUCGAAUCGAAUC